GAGGGCUCUGUUUCAAGGAUGAUUCUAGCGCAGAGCCGGACUUCCGCCGGGGUGGGCUCCCCGCAUUGUUCGGGCUCUGGCGGGGGCGGCUCUGAUUACUUUCCACGGCCCGCCCCCCACCUCGGGAAUCUUCAGUCCCCCUGACUCUCCCGCGGCACUUUCGCCUACCUUCCCCCAACGCCCUGGUCCUCUCUGGCGACCCCCUUUGCACUCUCGGGGUCCUCCUGCCCUCCCGCGGCGCGCCUCCCACAGCCGCGUGCCCUCUGCCCGGAGCUGGGGACCAAGGCUGGGCCCCGCCGGCCGCAUCGGUGGGAACUUCCGCGGUCCCCAUCCCAGGGCGCAUAGGGUCCAGCUCCUCGGCGCCGACUCAUGGAAACAAUGAAAGGUAUUGUUGCAGCAUCUGGCAGUGAGACUGAGGAUGAGGACAGCAUGGACAUUCCCUUGGACCUUUCUUCAUCUGCUGGCUCAGGCAAGAGAAGGAGAAGGGGCAACCUACCUAAGGAGUCUGUGCAGAUUCUUCGGGAUUGGCUGUAUGAGCAUCGUUACAAUGCCUAUCCUUCCGAGCAAGAGAAAGCAUUGCUGUCCCAGCAAACACACCUGUCUACACUACAGGUCUGUAACUGGUUCAUCAACGCCCGCCGCAGGCUCCUCCCUGACAUGCUGAGAAAGGAUGGCAAAGAUCCAAAUCAGUUCACAAUUUCCCGCCGUGGGGCCAAGAUUUCUGAAACGAGCUCUGUGGAGUCCGUGAUGGGCAUCAAAAACUUCAUGCCAGCUCUAGAGGAGACCCCUUUUCAUUCUUGUACAGCUGGGCCAAACCCAACCCUCGGGAGGCCACUGUCUCCUAAGCCAUCAUCCCCAGGAUCAGUUUUGGCUCGUCCAUCGGUGAUCUGCCAUACCACUGUGACUGCAUUGAAAGAUGUCCCUUUCUCUCUCUGCCAGUCAGUUGGUGUGGGACACAACACAGAUAUACAGCAGAUAGCGGCCAACAACUUUACAGACACCUCUCUCAUGUACCCAGAGGACACGUGUAAAUCUGGACCAAGUACAAAUACACAGAGUGGUCUUUUCAACACUCCUCCCCCUACUCCACCGGACCUCAACCAGGACUUUAGUGGAUUUCAGCUUCUAGUGGAUGUUGCACUCAAACGGGCUGCAGAGAUGGAGCUUCAGGCAAAACUUACAGCUUAACCCAUUUUCAAGCAAAACAGUUCUCAGAAAUGUCAUGAUUGCCGGGGUGAAGGCAAGAGAUGAGUUGCAUUAUUUUAUAUAUUUUUUAUUAAUAUUUGCACAUGGGAUUGCUAAAACAGCUUCCUGUUACUGAGAUGUCUUCAAUGGAAUACAGUCAUUCCAAGAACUAUAAACUCAAAGCUACUGUAGAAACAAAGGGUUUUCUUUUUUAAAUGUUUCUUGGUAGAUUAUUCAUAAUGUGAGAUGGUUCCCAAUAUCAUGUGAUUUUUUUUUUCCUCCCCUUCCCCUUUUUUGUUAUUUUUUCAGACUGUGCAAUACUUAGAGAACCUAUAGCAUCUUCUCAUUCCCAUGUGGAACAGGAUGCCCACAUACUGUCUAAUUUUUUUUCAAACAAGUAUGAAUCUAGUUGAUUGAUGCCUUUUUUUCAUGACAAUAAAGUAUUUUCUUUAAAAA